CGACACAUCAACUCUGACAGUCCUGACUGUGAGCAUCAACAACUACUGUGAAAACCACCACUCCAAAAGUCCGUCCGUCUCGAAAGUUCUAGAGAGAAUGGGUGCGGGAUCCUCAAAGGUUGCGCGCAAAUUACCUAAAAAUGCGACAACCGCCUCUCUCGCCGCCGCGUCGCGCUCUGGCACCGCUGCCGCACCAAGAGCCCCCCCUCCUCGCGUAAACGGGGGACAGGAGGCCCCGUCGCAGUCGCAGAUGGAUUCAGCUUCAUCAAAUACCUAUGAAGAAGCAGCAGCAGCAGCGACGCCGACCCAAGAUCAGUUUCACCACGAUCACCACCACCACCACCAUCAACAACCACCUACAAGGACAUCAUCAUCAUCAACAACCUCCUCAUUUCCAUCUCCAACAAGCUCAGGUUCUCCCCUCGACGCAAUCGGCGACCCCGCCUUCGCUGCCCGUCUGCGUCAACUCUCCGCCACCGUCCAACCCAACCCCAUCCACUCGCCGUCGUCCACCGUCUCCGUUCAUCCUCAACCUCAGCUUCAAUCGCAGCACCUUCCGCAGUCCUCCUCCUCCUCUUCCCAAUCCCAGUCCCACCAGUUCCCUUCCAGGCGACUGUCCGCUUCUCAGUCUCAAUCUCAGUCUCACGCACAACAACAAUCCCCCCAAAAGGAAAACAUCCCCACGCUCCUGUCGCCCUCGUUCCCCGCUUUGCAAUCCAACGCCACCCUCACGGCGCUUGAUGCGCGUAAAGUCUUGGAGCGCAAAUACGAGGAGGAGAUGGAUAAGUUUGGGAGAAACGACAAGAGCUUCCAGGGCCGGGAAUUCUUGUCGGUGCAGAUGGUCAAGGAUGUGUUUGAGUUGAGGAAAAGGGGUGCGAGCGAGGAGGAGAUUGAGAGACGGUUGGGAUUGGCGAAGGGGGUGGUUAAAGGGGUGGAAGGGGGUGGGGUUGUGAAGGCUGUAGCGUAG